UGACUUUUGGAUCUUUCUUUCUUAUUCCUUUUCUCGUGGGCUCGACUUUAGAUAUAUUUAUAAGAGAGACUUUGCUGAGGGUCUUCCUCCUCAUCGUCUCUCUUCAUCUCGUCGCCUUGAUUUCUUUUAUCUCUUGGUUAAUCGGAAGAAAUGGGGGAAGCUGGUGCUUCGAUCGCCAAGGAUGUCACUGAGUUGAUUGGGAAUACACCGUUGGUGUAUCUAAACAAUAUUGUGACUGGCUGCCGAGCUAGAAUUGCUGCUAAGCUGGAGACGAUGGAGCCUUGCUCCAGUGUUAAGGACAGGAUUGGAUAUAGUAUGAUUACUGAUGCUGAGGAGAAGGGCCUUAUCACACCUGGCAAGAGUGUCCUGAUUGAGCCCACUAGUGGUAACACUGGCAUUGGUCUGGCCUUCAUGGCGGCUGCAAAGGGUUACAAACUUGUUCUCACAAUGCCAGCCUCUAUGACCCUUGAGAGAAGGAUCAUUCUGAAAGCAUUUGGUGCUGAGUUGGUUCUUACUGAUCCAGCUUCAGGCAUGAAAGGUGCUGUUGCAAAGGCUGAGGAGUUGGCAGCAAAAACACCCCAUUCAUACAUUCUUCAGCAAUUUGAAAAUCCUGCCAACCCAAAGAUUCACUACGAGACAACUGGGCCUGAGAUCUGGAAAGCAACCGGUGGUAAGAUUGAUGGUCUUGUUUCUGGUAUUGGGACCGGAGGCACAAUCACUGGAAGUGGGAAGUAUCUCAAAGAGCAAAAUCCAAAUAUUAAGCUCUAUGGUGUGGAGCCAACUGAAAGUGCAAUUCUAUCCGGAGGAAAACCUGGCCCACACAAGAUCCAGGGGAUUGGGGCUGGCUUUGUUCCUGGAGUUUUGGAUGUUGAUAUUAUUGAUGAAGUUGUCCAGGUUUCAAGUGAUGAAGCUAUUGAGACAGCAAAAAUUCUUGCCCUGAAGGAAGGGUUGUUGGUUGGUAUUUCAUCUGGGGCUGCUGCUGCUGCUGCUAUUAGGCUUGCCCAGAGACCAGAAAUGGAGGGGAAACUCAUUGUUGUGGUUUUUCCUAGUUUCGGAGAGCGUUAUCUUUCCUCUGUGCUCUUCCAGUCAAUCAGGAAGGAAGCAGAGACCAUGAUUGUUGAGCCUUGAGAGAUCGAUGAAUCUGCAUGGUCUUGCCAGACAUUGGCUUGUCUAUCUUUGGGAUUGCUUUGAAUGUGUUUGUAUGACUUGUUUCAGAAUAAAAACAAUGUGUUCAAUAAUGUUCUUGCAUUAGUUAAAAGUUAAGCAUUAAAUCUUUUAAUUA